CACGCGCGUGAGGAGUAAUCAACCCCGGGCACGGAACACCUCGAUCCCAAAAUCGGCAACCGCCCCGCGACCGCCUCUCCUCCGCCGCCCCUCGCCGGGAUCCCCCCAAUAUAAGCCCCCUCCGCUCGCCCGCCCGACGUUACGCGCGAUAGCCAUGGCGGACUGGGCGGGGCUCCACGGGGACCUGCUCGACCUCGUCGUCGUGCGCCUCCCGUCCUUCGACCUCCUCCGCUUCCGCGCCGUCUGCGCAUCCUGGCGCGCCGCCGCCGCCGCCUUCACCGCCCGCCGCGGCCAGCCGCGGCCCGACCGCCCCUGGCUUCUGCUCCCCACGGAUGUCGCCGGGGAUGCGGAAGACGACCACGGCCGCCUGCUCGUGUGCCGCGACCGCGAGGUCCCCGUGGCCGCUCUCCCCACGCGCCUCGGCCGCGUGGCCUCGCGCCGGUUUGUGCGACUCGGCUCCGCGCGCGGCGCCAUCGUGGCCGCAGACGACCUCGGCGAGAUGCACCUGCUCGACCCCGUAACCGGCGAGCGCAGGCCGCUCCCGCUUGUCGCCACGCUCCCGCUCGUCGCCCGCGUGGAGGGCCUCCAGGUCCACCACCGCGGCGGCGGCGUCGCCCCCGUGGACGCCCUGAUCCAGAAGGCCGUCCCGGUGCCCACCCCGGGCGGCGGGGUCAUGGUGGUCGCCAUCUACCGGCAGCUGCAGCACCGCAACCAGUGGGCCACGGCGCGUCCUGGCGAUCGCGCGUGGAAGGCCGUGGCGCCGACCAGCAUCCCCGCCGUGGUCGACGUGGUGGUCCACCGGGGCCAGCUCUACGCCAACACGCGGUACGGGAUGAUGUACGUGUUCCCGGAGCUCCACUGGCUGGGGUCGGCGUCCCCCGAGAUCAUCCCCUCCGUGACGCGGCGCCCGAGCGCGUACGUGGAGCGCAGCUUCCUGGUGGAGUGCCCCCGCGGCGAGCUGAUGCAGGUGGAGCUGCUCCGCCCCGUGGCGGCGGCGGGCGGGGAGGGGUUCGUGGUGCGCGUGCUGGACGAGUGCGGCGAGACGUGGGAGGAGACGGAGGACAUCGGCGACGCGGCGGUGCUCGUGGACGCGGCGGGCGCCGUGGCCGCGUCCACCGCGGAGUGCCCCGCGCUGCGGCGCAACACGGUGUACUUCGCCGUGGACCUCGAGGGGGAGACGCGGGUGUGGGCGUACAGCCUCGCGGGCAAGCACAAGCGGAUCGAGGUCGUGGAGGCCCUCCCGACCGCGGACGGCUACAGGCCGCCCUGCUUCUGGUUCGCGCCGGUGUACUCGCACCCGUGAGACACGAUGAUGAUGCGUUCGAGUCCCGUUUCCUUGCUUGCUGCAUUAGCAUGUCGUCCGUCAGUCAUGUGGGUAAUGGACUAGGUUGCAUCUGUCUGUCAGGAGCAUGGCGUUGCCGCAUCAUCUCGAUCGAGUACUCUUUCGUGUCUGUGUUCUUCAGGCUUCCUCAGCUUCGCUUGUUGAUGCUUCUUCCAUCAAAUGUGUCAGCAUGCGCAUACAGUGUUUUAUUUUGCUAUAUGAUUCCUCGGUGACGUUCCAUCGAUUUGGUGCAGAUUUAAGUCAUAUAGCGGUACAAUUUAACUUCUUUCCGCAUGAACAAGGAUCAGUAAAUUCGUAUAAUACUGAAUGGACCCUUUGACAACCAGAUAGUACUUCUGAAAAGUUCCUAUGUUGACAUUGUUCACCAAUCAUCAACAAUUCCAAGAUGGCCGACUUAACUUCUUCGUCUUACAAGUCGUACAAGGUUGGCGAUAUACACUAGAGGGCGAUCUCGUUCUCCAUCUGCAUCUCCAUCUCCAUCUCCGCAGAUACUACGACGUGGCGAUCUCGUUCACUUCCUCUAAACCUUCCCUCUCUGUUCAGUUCUACUUUUCUCGCUCCCCGCGCCUUUCGCUUUUGGGCCAAGCAUUUGCAUAGCCCGCGCCGCAAGUAUUCGCGGUCGCACAGCGGAGCUGGUCCAGUCCAACACCGGCCUCCCUGUCUCAACCCUGGCCACAAGCGCGCCCGGGGCUGUGGGGAUGACUCCCCAGUCCCCUUGUCAAACCCACCCCGCUAAAUACUCGCCUCGCCGCAGCUCUCCCCUCGCAAUUAACGCGCCUCCAUUGCCGCGAGCUGCGUCGAGGUGGUUCGAGGAGAAGAGAAACAGAGCUCACGGGGGGCCAUGGGGACCGUGCUGGAUUCGCACUUCCUGGCGCUCACCGCCAUCGUCACCGUGGGGUACCAGCUGCUGUUCUUCAUCGUCACUGCUCUCCUCCGGUUCGACAAGGUCACCGAUUUCGCAGGCAACCUUACGUUCUGGGGAAUCCAUCUGAUAAAUUUCAAAAUUUGGUUGUCUGUGUACCAGCCUCUGAGUUGACAGUUGACACAGGUUCUAUGUAGCAUACUAGCUUUGCCGUUUUUCUCUCCCUGCAAUGAUUUAUGUUCCUCUUUCCAGGCAGUACAAAUUUUGUCAUAAUCGCCAUCCUAACACUAGCUUUGAAGGGAGCAUGGCAUUUCCGUCAGG